CUCUCUCUCAAUCUCUGAAAAGUUGAAAGGUACCACCCCUUCUUGAUUCCUUAUAGAUCUUUGUGUGACAUCCAGAUUUGUUUUACCUUCUUGAAUGUCUCUGUUGAUCCAGUUUUAUUUUGAUCGAGAUCAUUUCUUCAGUUUUAGUAUUGGUCGGUGUAGUUUAAGACAAUUGAUGAAUUGAUCUCUGAUCUUGAAGCAUUUUAUCUAAUAUCCAAGAUUUGCUUUAAUUAACAAUGUAUGAGGAAACAAAUACUAUCUCUUACUUAUGUGUUAUAAUUUUAUUGAUGUUUAUAGGCGAAAAAAUGGAAGAAUUUUUGUUACAUGGAAGGUUACACGCUACAAUCUAUGAAAUCGAUGCUCUCCAUGCUACUCAAGGAGGCAGAUCAGGUUUCUUAGGAAAGAUGCUAGCAAAUGUAGAAGAAAAGAUUGGUGUUGGCAAAGGAGAAACUCAGCUAUACGCUACAAUCGAUCUAGAGAAAGCUAGAGUUGGAAGAACAAGAAAGAUAACAAACGAACCAAAAAGCCCAAAAUGGCAUGAGUCAUUUCAUAUCUACUGUGGUCACAUGGCUAAACAUGUUAUCUUCACUGUCAAGGACGAUAAUCCCAUCGGUGCAACGUUGAUAGGAAGAGGUUAUGUCCCCGUUGAGGAUAUUCUACAUGGAGAGGAAGUUGAUAGAUGGGUUGAGAUUCUAGACACUGAGAAGAAACCCAUUGAAGGAGGAUCAAAGAUCCAUGUGAAGCUUCAGUACUUUGGUGUUGAAAAAGAUAAAAACUGGAACCGUGGUAUCAAAAGUGCAAAGUUUCCUGGAGUUCCUUACACUUUCUUCUCUCAGAGAAAGGGAUGCAAAGUUUCUUUGUACCAAGAUGCUCACAUUCCUGGAAACUUCGUCCCCAAGAUUCCUCUAGCUGGAGGGAAACACUACGAGGCAGGCCGAUGUUGGGAGGAUAUCUUUGAUGCUAUUACUAAUGCAAAGCAUUUGAUUUACAUCACUGGCUGGUCUGUUUACACAGAGAUCUCUCUGGUGAGAGACUCGAGGAGGCCUAAAGAAGGAGGAGAUGUGACUAUUGGUGAGAUACUCAAGAAGAAGGCAAGUGAAGGUGUUAAAGUGAUCUUGCUUGUGUGGGACGAUAGAACAUCUGUUGAUCUGCUGAAACAAGAUGGACUUAUGGCUACUCAUGAUGAAGAAACUGCAAACUUCUUCAGAGGAACCGACGUGAACUGUGUUCUGUGCCCUCGUAAUCCUGAUGAUGGUGGAAGCAUUGUUCAAAACUUGCAAGUCUCAACAAUGUUCACUCAUCACCAAAAGAUUGUUGUGGUGGACAGCGAAAUGCCUGGAACAGCAAGAACAAAAUCAAGAAGGAUUGUGAGUUUCGUUGGUGGUCUUGAUCUUUGCGAUGGAAGGUACGACACGCCGUUUCACUCCUUGUUCAGGACGUUGGAUACUGCGCAUCACGAUGAUUUCCAUCAACCGAACUUCACUGGCGCAGCGAUAACCAAAGGCGGUCCUAGAGAGCCGUGGCAUGAUAUUCACUGCCGUCUUGAAGGACCUAUUGCUUGGGAUGUCUUGUAUAACUUUGAGCAGAGGUGGAGUAGACAAGGUGGUAAGGACAUUCUUGUUAAGAUAAGAGACCUCGAUGACAUCAUCGUCCCUCCUUCUCCUGUUCUGUUCUCGGAAGAUCAUGACUCGUGGAACGUUCAGCUGUUUAGAUCAAUAGAUGGUGGUGCAGCAGCUGCGUUUCCUGAGUCCCCUGAAGCUGCAGCGGAAGCAGGUCUUGUGAGCGGUAAAGAUAAUAUAAUUGAUAGGAGUAUUCAAGAUGCAUACAUUCACGCGAUUCGACGAGCUAAAGACUUCAUCUAUAUCGAAAACCAGUACUUCCUUGGAAGCUCCUUUGCUUGGAGUGCAGAUGGAAUCAAACCUGAGGAGAUCAAUGCUCUUCAUUUGAUUCCAAAGGAGCUAUCUCUGAAGAUUGUUAGCAAGAUCAAAGCUGGAGAGAAGUUUAAGGUUUAUGCUGUUGUUCCAAUGUGGCCUGAAGGGCUACCUGAGAGUGGUUCAGUCCAAGCUAUACUAGAUUGGCAGAGAAGGACAAUGGAGAUGAUGUACAAAGAUGUGAUCAAGGCACUCAGAGAUAAGGGACUUGAGGGAGAGGAUCCAAGAGAUUAUCUAACAUUCUUCUGUCUCGGUAACCGAGAGACCAAGAAAGAUGGAGAGUAUGUGCCUUCAGAGAAACCUGAACCGGACUCAGACUAUAUGCGAGCACAAGAAGCACGUCGCUUCAUGAUCUAUGUUCACACUAAAAUGAUGAUCGUGGAUGAUGAGUACAUUAUCAUUGGAUCCGCGAAUAUCAACCAGAGAUCAAUGGAUGGUGCAAGAGACUCAGAGAUAGCAAUGGGAGGCUAUCAACCAUACCAUCUCUCAAUAAGACAACCAGCUCGAGGUCAUAUCCAUGGAUUCCGAAUGUCAUUAUGGUAUGAACAUUUAGGAAUGCUGGAUGAAACUUUUCUCGAUCCAUCGAGCCAAGAAUGUGUCCAGAAAGUUAACCGUAUUGCUGAUAAGUAUUGGGAUCUUUACGCAAGUGAGUCACUCGAACAUGAUCUCCCUGGUCAUCUACUUCGCUACCCGAUUGGUAUUGCUAGUCAAGGAGACAUCACUGAGCUACCUGGAUGUGAAUGCUUCCCCGACACAAAAGCUCGUAUCCUCGGGACUAAAUCUGAUUACCUGCCUCCAAUUCUUACAACCUAAGGUUCUAUGCCAGUAUCUAUUGGUAACAAAUAACUAUCUCUCCUCUUUUCUUCUGCUGCAAUAGCUUUUGUAAUAAAACAGUUAGCUUCAUUGUCUUUAGUUACUAAUAAGUUCUAAUAUCGUUGGUAUUGUGUUUCACCGCUAUGCUUUUGAUUUUCGUUCGCGCACUAAUUAAGGUUUUUGGAGAGAAUGUAGUCUUGUGCCUUAAUUAUUUUAUUGCUAUUUUUUAUGAACUUAUCUAUUAUGUCUUUUAGUUUUCUGGACUAUUGUUUUAUUGUAAUCAUUGUUUAUGUUUAGUGUUUGAUUAAAUAUAAUUGAAGGAAAGAAUGAAAUAAAGGUGUGCGGCUGAUUUUAUUUAGGACAUCCAAGUCAAUCAGCCCAUGUGACAAUCUCUUUCGUUCUUUAUGUUCUCUAAAAGCUAUGAAGACUUUUAACUUCUGGUGAUCUCUCUCUCUCAAGUUUCUAUACUUAAUGUCCAAAAGACAAGUUGCCGUACGAUAACGAUAGAUGCUAAAAUCUUAUCUCUUGAUAAAUCUAUUUAUAAAUUAUUAUACAUAUAUAAUUAUCGAAUUCACAAAUGUUUCACUAUACGAUCACAAGGAUUUUUUAGAUAUAAAUUAAAUGAGUUCCAACAUCUGGACCACAAAUGGCUUCACUGAAAGUUAUGUAGAACACGGAAACAAGUACGAAAGCACAAGAAUGAAGAGAAGUUGGUCUAGUCUUUUCUUAUCACUACCAAGAAGUUUCGAAAGAAUUACACGUUGACUAGUACUCUUUAAACGCGGCAAAAUUAGGUUUUGAAAUAAGACACGUGGCAACAGCCUGUGCCAGGUCCUGCUUUGGUUAAUGAUAGAGAGAUGGAAUCAAAACUGAGUGGAAGAGAUUCAUUGAACUCUUUAGAAUCUUUCUCCAUCAAUAAUGUUUUUGUCUCCUAUAUUUCUCUUCAACCUAUUUUCCCUAGAUUUUUAGUUAUUUUGAGGUUGCUUGUGUUAAACGUACUAAAUGUAUCUUCUGACUAAAGAAAACAUAUAACAGAACCAUGUAUUAGUAAUGAUCCAAAAGACAAAAACGUGAUUCCUCUAUAUUUUUUUUUGGGUCAAAACGUGAUUCCUCUAUAUUUAUAUUCAAAAACUUAAAAUAAUAGUUUGCAAAAUGUCAAAAUAGUUAAAAGACCCAUAUAGUUUUCGGUUAUGUUUUUAAUGUUGUAGCUCUAUAAAUAAAUUAUCAUAGAACACAAAUUUGGUUCUCAAAUUAUUAAAACGGUUAGUGUUUCAAAAUAUAUAUCGUUUAAUCCGCUAGUUUCAUUGGCUAAACAUAGCUAAUUUUCUAUCUAAAUUUGUUCAACAAUCAAUUAUUAACAUUUCCAAUACAUCAAAAUAGGGCUAAGCAAAAUAUCAGAAUCCGAAGAAUCAAACUAAAUUCAAUAUGAAAAUUUAUACUAAACCUGAACUAAAAAGGGUAAAUUGCUCUAGCAGAUCCAAAAAUUUAGUAUCCAAAAUCAGAACUGAACUGAACUCAAACCAAUUCUAAUCCGAACCAAAAUAUUUUGAAUAUCCGAAAAUACCAUCAAGAUUAUUCUGAAUUUUCAGAUCUUUUAUAUUAAAAAAAUAUGUAAAAUAAUUAAAAUUAUUCUGAACUUUCCAAAGUACAUGAAAUAAAUAAAUAUCAAAAUAACCAAAAAUAUUCAAAAUACCGGACCAAACCAAUUAUAAUUUUGAUUUUAAAUAUUUGGUUAUACAUUAUUCAAAUUUAUAUACUGAUUUCUUAUAUAAUUAAAACAGAUAUCUUAACCCCAAUUGAAUCCUAACCGAGAUUUAUUAAUUUUCAAUUGAAACUUCAAUUUUUAGUCCUGAAAAUCUAAAACCGAAUAAAAACCAAAAUUUAUUAAUUUUUAAAUGGAACUUCAAUCUCUAGUCCUGAAAAUUCAAAACCCGAACUGAAUCUAAACUCCUACCACUACGUCGAAGAGUAAACUUACUUUUUGUAAACAGUAGCCUAAGCCAUUUACUCAAAGAAGCAUUUUCAUUUUAAUUAACAUAAAUAUAAACAUAACCUAACAUAUAUCCAGUUUGGAUUUCCUUUAACAUAGAUAGUUAGCUACCCGGAAAUUGUUCUAUAACAUUAUAUAACAAAUAAAUUUCCCUUUUUAAUAAUGUAUAUACUCUUUUUUUUGUCAGCAAUAAUGUAUAUACUCAUUAAAAGAUAUCAAACUGAUGAUGAGAAACAAAAAUUAUUAACUAACUAAAGUAAGCAACGUGAAUAAAGUUUUAAUUUUAUACAAAAAUUCGUUGCACUAAAAGAUCCGAUAUUUAUUAUGUUAAAGAAAAAAGAUUUUAAUAAUUAUGUGGACAUAGUUUAAUUAACCCCCUCCCAAAAAAUGUAACAGUAAAUAAGUUUAAUCAUUUUAUAAUACAUUUUUACCUUAUAAAUGAAUACAUGCAGUGAAUCUUGUUACAAACCUGUGACUACUAAAACCAAACACCAAUCUCUCACACUCUUUCAACUUUUCCAACAGCACACAAAGAAACUCCAAAUUUUUGACCAGAAAAAAAAAAAAGAAACUCUAUAUUUGUGAUUUUUUGUCAGAACUUUUUCCCAUUAAUUUAUUUCAGACCCAAGAGAAGAGAUCUCUCACCGUUCAAUAUCAAGCAGUACUUUUUGCGUGACGUUGUUGGUACGACCAAUCUCUCUGCAACACACACAUGCUCUCGUUUUAAACUCAUUCAUUGAUCAACAACCUCUCUACUCUACCUCUUCUCAAAAGAAAGAUAAAGUUAAAAAGUGCAAAUUAAACUUCAUCUCUCUCUAUUGUCUUUUUCAUCAGAAUCUUGAGCACACAUACAUACAUACAUACAUACAUACAUACAUAUGGCUUGUAUGCUGAGCUGCUCUCACGGAGUCGUAAUCGCUACCGCCAUGGUUUUCUCAAGCACUGCUCUGUUUCUGGCGAUUUCCCGCCAAUUCUCUACCAACCAAACAUCAGAUCUCCAUGAUCAACAGAUCCUCCGUUCAUGUCUUUCUUCAG